UGAGAGAUGGAUUGGAUGGGAAAAGGAGAUGAAAGCUGGAUGAUGAGGAAGGGAGAAGAGAAGAGAAGAAGAGGUUUGGUCGGCGGGGGAGGGGAAGUAGAAAAAGGGUAGCGACCAGUGACUGACGCAACGACCAGGUUACCAGGCCAGCUGGGUCCCUCCUCCGCUCCUGAUGCCGCGCCCAGUCGAAUCCGCACACCGGGGAGACGGACGGGGCAAAAGCUACAGUGAGCUCUGCCACCGUGCCACGGCGUGGGAAAUGGGUCAAUUGUCAGCUUGGGUACCCGGCUUGCGCCGCUCCCCAGUUCCCCAGCAGCCUUUCCGGUUUCAUACACCGGGCAAAGCAGGAGAGUCACGAUAUUUGGAUCUCCUGCUUCCCCCUCGGCAGCUGCCGUCUGGGCCAAUGAACGCGCCCCAUCUCCAGCACGCCGGGUACUCGCUCCUCCCAUGGCGAGAAUCUUUUGCCAGCGCUUCGGGAUCAAUUGAGUCCCUUUACCUAGGUUACGGGACUCGAUCUCGGGAAGACGGGCCCAUCCUCAGGGCUCUGCUACGAUCCUACCCGCAGGCAGCCGUGGAGGCGAGGAACCGGACAGUAACAUGAUGUAAUGGAGGUGUCGGCCCAUCGCCUGUCUUUCUCCAAGUUUCCUUCCAUGCCGCCAGUCAACAAAAAAGAGGGGCAGCCGGCCUUGCCGCUUUCGGCCCCGGGAGCUC